CGCAGUAAAAGAAGGAAUGGCGUCGUGGGCGGACGGGAGUGCGGCUGACUUCACGGAUUUCUUGAACCGCGAUUGUCAUUUCCCAUUCGGAGAGGUCUACCGGUAUUCACCGGCAGUGAGGAUAGUUCGCGAUGCGGUCAACCGCAUGGAAUUGUGCAAUGAAGAAGAUUUCGCCUUCAGGUUCCGAUUCACCAAGGCGUCUGUCAUUCCGAUCAUGUCGGAACUACAGUUGAAAAAGAACACGGACCGAAGGGGAACCCCGCUCCCACCGCUGCUGAAGGUGCUCAUCACGCUUCGGUUUUACGGCACUGGUGCCAUGCAGACAGUGGUUGGCGACCUCGUGCGCGUCUCACAGCAGUAUGUGUGGCGUUGUGUCUGGGAGAUCACCCAGGUCAUAUGUUUGCGUCUGUUUCCCAAAUAUGUGCGACACCCCGAUGCAGCAGACGCGAAUGAUGUGAUCGCCCGCUUCUACGCAAUUGGCCUGUUUCCAGGUGUAACGGGGUGUAAGACUGCACGCACGUCCCGAUUGUGAGCCCUGGAAGCGAGAAGGCCGAGGUCUUCCGCAACCGCAAGGGAUACUUCUCAUUUAAUGUGCAGGCUAUCACUGGUCCCGAGCUCCAAUUCUUUGAUGUAGUUGCCAGUUGGCCUGGAUCCGUGCAUGACAGCAGAAUAUUCACCAACAGCAGAGUGAUGGCACUCUACGAACAGAAGGCUGUACCUGGCGUUCUCCUUGGUGACCAGAUGUAUGCGUGCCUAUCAUUCUUCAUGACACCACUCAGGAAUCCUCAAACAUGUGCAGAAAAGAGGUACAACAAGAGCCAGAUAAAAACAAGAAACAGUGUGGAGCGUACAUUUGGAGUGUGGAAAAGGCGCUUCGCAUGCCUACGGGUAAAGCUGCUGACGGACACUGAUCGGUCUGCAGCAUGUGUAGCACUCCACAACAUUGCCUGUUUGCGUCGGGACCCAUGUCCACUCUCUGAUGAAGUAGACCCCGACGUUAAUUUACCUGACAACCCUAGCCAAGGCGAUCCUGACAGUUGCUGGUGCACAAGUACGCAGCUGCUACAUCCGCCGGUGUUUUUCCUCUGGGAACGAACAAACGGGUCCAGUGCAAACCUGAACAUCAAGGCGAGCCUCGAGUUCUACGUCGAGUCUGUGCUGCAACAGAGACAACCUGCCUCCGCGGACAUUCCGCACACUUGACCCAGCUGUUGCCGCUUGAAUUUGUGCACCUGGCUCAGCAGCUUCCUCUUGGCUCAUGUCCGCAUCGACUUCGGCAUCGUCCAAGCAUAACCUAUCUUCACCAACCACGGAUGGUGUGCAAGAGCUCUGCAGCAUUGACUGCAUAGCUGCUGUGUGUCGGUUUGGCUGAGUUCUUCUGUUCGGUCUGCAAUAAAUGUGUUGUUUCAUCCAUGAAAGACAAGCGAAGAAAU